AGCUAAAAUCUAUCAGGUUAACAACUCACAUUUCUAGCACUCUCAUACCUAUUUGCUUGGAAAUCGGCACAUUUUCUAAGAGGAGGAAGAAUAAAUAAGGGAACUUUUACCCACAUUUAUGGGCCACCAGUAUUUGAAGGAAAGAAAGUGGAUUUGAUUGGGGGUUGUGUAGGAUUUUUGUGGAAAAAAAAUCCAUUUCAUGAGCAGAGUUGUUUGUCAUGGAUUCUUUUAAAGGAGGAAUGAAUUUGGAAAGGCUGCCUGAGAGUUUAAGACCACAGCCAACUCACGACAUGGCUUCCAGUUUCCAUUUGCAAAGAACGUCUGAAUCCAGAGAUCCGAUUGAGAAUUCUGCCAGUGAAUCUUCUGAUACUGAAGUUCCAGAAAAAGACAGAAGUGUUGAACAAAAGAGUGAGGAUGGAAACGUGGAAGAUCCAUCCAAGAAAAAGAAGCAGAGGAGGCAAAGAACCCAUUUCACCAGCCAGCAGCUCCAGGAGCUGGAAGCCACUUUCCAGAGGAACCGCUAUCCUGACAUGAGCAUGAGAGAGGAGAUCGCAGUGUGGACCAACCUCACAGAGGCCAGAGUCAGGGUUUGGUUCAAAAACCGCAGAGCCAAGUGGAGGAAGAGAGAACGUAAUCAACAGAUGGACCUAUGUAAAAAUGGCUAUGUACCUCAGUUCAGUGGGCUCAUGCAACCCUAUGAUGAAAUGUAUGCUGGCUACCCAUACAACAACUGGGCUACUAAAAGUUUAACCCCUGCACCGUUGACCACCAAGAGCUUUACCUUCUUCAACUCAAUGAGUCCUUUGUCUUCUCAGUCCAUGUUCUCUGGCCCAAGUUCUAUCUCCUCAAUGAGUAUGCCCUCAAGUAUGGGUCACUCUGCAGUUCCUGGAAUGCCAAAUUCAAGUCUUAAUAAUAUAAAUAAUCUUAAUAACAUCAGUGGGUCCUCUCUUAACUCAGCUAUGUCUUCAACUGCUUGCCCUUAUGGACCUCCUGGGUCACCAUACACGGUUUACAGGGACACUUGCAACUCUAGUUUAGCCAGCCUUAGACUUAAAUCCAAGCAACAUUCAACUUUUGGAUACAGCAGUUUACAGAGCCCAGCAUCUAGCUUGAAUGCAUGUCAGUAUAACAGUUGAUGGACUAGCAGAGAAAUGUGCCAUUUGGACUUUGCUUAAUGGACCAGAAAUGUUUGCAAGAGACACCAAAAUCAAAUACAUGGAUGAGUUGCAAUUUUCUCUGGAUUAUGCGGGUUGUAUGUGUUUACUUGAACUUGCACAGGAGUUUCAACGUCCAGUUUAUGGAGAUAUAUUGGAUUUCAUUUUUUAACAUCUUGCCUGCCAAACAAGGCUGCAAUUUAUUGGGUAUCAAAGUGUUGUAGCCCUCUGCACAGUCGAGGGAUAAGACAAGCUAGAAAGGGGAGCUGUUUUGUGGUUUACACUGACAUUGGAAAUCAUUUACCACCCAAAACAGGAAUUUGCAGAAUAGGAAUAUAGGGAGAUUGGAGGGAAGAAGAAAAUAUGGAUUAGGAAUCAAAACGAGGGUUAACCACUUUAAAAGGUUAUUUGUAUAUAAAGCUGUUAUAAAUAUCAAAGAUGUGUGCCACUGUUGAAUAAACAGUUUUAAAAUGCAUGUUUGAUGUGUUUGUCAGUUAAAGAACUGAUGGUUUUCAAGCUCUGAAGGUUUCCAUAAUGGCACAGUAUCCCCCAUUGCUCCAUUUAGAUAAUACAAUAAAUAAAAACUCCAGAAUUUCUGCUAAGGCUAUUUAAUACCCCUGUAGUCCCUCACAACUGUAUGUAUGCUAUGCUUAUAUCAUCCAAUCUUCCUUAUUUAUCUGCAGUUUUUAGUUCCCUAUGUAUCCUAAAUAUGCUGUGUAUACACUCAAUAAAUACAAAUAAAAUCAUUUUUACGACUCCAAGAUUGAAUCAAACAAACCAAUUUGAGCCUAAGAAUAUUUCAAGAUUGCUUGUCAGUUUUGAAACUUGUUUCAAAGGCAUGAAUGGGAAAACAAAAUGGUAACACAUGGUGGGUUGAUUUUAAGAUGUUAAUAUGUAAGUUUAUUUGUUUUACAGUGGUUUGUUUUCAUGAAUAUAAUAAAUAUGAUUUUUAAAUAUUAAAACGCAUACAAAACGCAUAUGAAGUUGGGCAUAUUUAUCGCUUAAAUUUUCGAUAGUAAAUAACAAGAAAUCGUAAUAUAAAGGUUCAUAAUGUUUCAUUCGAUCUUUUUUUUUUUUUUUUUUUGCCACAAUCUCCCUUACUUCUUGUCUGUAUUGUACACCUGUGGUACUGGUGAUGUUGAUGUAUGGAUGUUCUUUAACGAUGUUGUGAAAAGGAUGCAGUGUAUUGUUUUUAUAACUUAUAUUUUGUGAAUAUUUUUUUUUUCUCCUUCAAAAUUAAGAGCAUGUGAAUAAAACGAUUUUAACAAAACAGAA